UAAUAUUGCAUGACCAAGCCCCUAACUCGGAAACUUUUUGGCUUUUCGGGAAAGUACUAAUCCCUCGCCAAUCAUCCGCUUCAGUAUAAAUCUCUCUUCUUCAUUCUUCUUCUUCUUUGUCUCAUAAUACUCCGUUUUAGCCUGUCUAAAACAGAGUGCUCAAAAUCUUCGUUCAUCAAUGCUCUGUUUUAACCAAUGGCACAGUCACCAGCAACCAAACAAACUCAGCAAGUCUCGCCGCUGGAAGUCGAGGCAGUGAAAUGCGACUCCUGUGGCUUCACGGAGGACUGCACGCCGGCGUACAUUUUGCGCGUGCGUGAGCGCUACAGAGGCCACUGGCUGUGCGGGCUCUGCGCCGAGGCCGUGAAGGAAGAGGUGCUCCGAUCAGAUAGGCUGAUCUCCACCGAAGAAGCGCUGGACCGGCACAUUAGUUUUUGCAAGGAGUUUAGAUCGUCAUCUCCGCCGAGUGAAACCGAGAACCCCAUCUCUGUUUUGGGAAGAAUAUUGAGAAGGAGCUUGGAUUCCCCUCGCCCUCGUCGCUCUAACUCCAGCAUUAUUUUCCCAGAUAUUGAAAGGGUUAAGGGCUCCUCACUGGUUAGAUCAGAGAGUUGCUUUCCAUCUCUGUCUCGUUGAAUGGCUGAUUCCAGUUCAACGGUAAAUAUGACAUAAUCAAAUAACAGAGUAACUGCGUUUUGCUAUUUAGAAUUUUUGUAUAGCUAUUUGGAACUUGAGAUUUGACCCGGAAACUGAUUAUAAUAUGGUUUUAUCUCUCUCUAUACCGUAAAUAAUUUAUUCAAUUAUUGACUCUUUCUGAUA